AUGUUGCAGUCAUUGGCAACCUUUGGAGCCGGUGUCUUCACAGGGCAGAGUCUUCAGACUUGCCGCACGUCGCUGCCGCAGUGCAGCAUCACUGAGGACCAGGCACGUCUGCUGCUCCGCUGCCACGGCGUCAACGUGCCAGCGCUGCCGGCACCAGGCGUGCUGUCUCGGCAGCGGCCGCAGCUUUGCGUCCGACUGGGUGCCGCAGAGAAGCAGACGGAGCCAGGAGAUUUUACCAACGGGAGCUUAUCCUUGCUGAAGAGCUCCGAGCAGGAGUGCAAUUGGCGCUUCGGGGACGUGAUGACAUUUUUCGUGACUGCUGACGACAUGCUCCAGGGCCUUCGCUUCCGUCUGCUCUCCAAAACAGACUUCCGCUUUGGGCCCGUCCAGAUGGAGUUGGCACAGACUGUGGAGCUGGGCGCUGGAUCCUUGGAUUUGAGGGAGGCUUUGUUGCAAUGUGCUCCUGUGCAACCAGCCUUCGCCGCACCGAUGAACACCAACCCAUGGGAGUCUCCGAUUUUGCACCUUGAUCUCAUGGAGAUGCAGUCAGGAUGCCCGAGGGAUGUUGCAGCCACUGCCUCUGUGUCCCUCUCGUUCUUGGCGGAUCCAUCGUGGCUGCUACAGGAAGCAGAGAAAGCCGAGAGGCCGCUGUUCAAGAGGAUGGCUGAUCCCUGUUUGGAUCCUUGCAGCCAUUGCGCCAAUGCGAAUACUUCGCGCGGUGGGGGCUUCCCUCAGACAAGCUUUGCAGAGCCCGAUUCAGAAAAGUCCCCCGACUCCGAGUACAAGACAUGCGAGGUACCAUCUUAUUUGUACAACAGCUGGUCACCGCACAACGGCCACUACGAGGCAUGGGCAGAAGCGGCAUCUCCUGCAGGGCGUGCGGAACACUUUGUGUGGCCAGGAGCCCGGCCGCGGAGCCGUGAUGCCGAAACACUUUGCACUACCGGGCUCAGGGGGUUCAGUGGCGGGAAGCAAGGUCUUCAGAAGCCCCAACGUGGGCGGAGUGGCUUGGGGCCUUCGACUUCGCUGCCGCAACCCCUGGUCGUCAAGCUAAGGCUGCAGCAGCCGGUGCCUUCUCCACGGUCUGAGCUCGCUGAUGACUUUGCAACGUGA